GAAACAUGAAUAUGAAAAAAUAUUAACAAUGUUGACCUUGGAAGACUUGGGCAAAAAGCGGCUAUUCAUUUGAACAUCACUAAAAAGGCUAUUUCAUCCAAGGAGAAAUUAGUCAAGGUAGGACCUAAGGCUUUAGAGCAGCCUUCUGAUGAUAAAAUCCUUUCUUCAAAUAAAGAGCAGAAGUCAGCAGUUGAUAAAUCUAGAAACAGUAAUCUCAGAGGAUCGCUUAGUAAAGGAAAGAAAGAUUCAAAGAAGGGAGUCAAAGUUGAAGAUACUAAUGAAAGUAAAUUUCAUCCGCAAAAGGAAAAACAAUCAGUUAAGAGUAACUCAAAGUUUGUCGAGUAAGUUAAGGUAAUGAAAAGGCAUCAGAAGAAGACUCUCCUCGAAGAAACAUUAUUGAAGUAAAGAUGGACUUUGAGUUUGGAAAAAACAACAGUCUAAGAGAACGAUAUUUACUAAAUAAAAGAAGUUCAGUGAAUAAGUUCGAGAUUCAUAGUGCAAUGAAUAAUGUGAAGCAACUAAGUAUGAUAUAAUUGUUAAAUUUUACAGUCAAUUCAGAGGAAGCAGUGCAACAUUCAACUACUCAGCUAUAAAAAUGCAGCCCAAAGCUUAUAUUCAAGAGACAGCAAUAAAGACAAUUCAGCCAGUUCCAGAGACUGUGAAUAAAGAUCAAUCUUUUGAAAAUACGAGUAACUCUUCAUUACUAAGAGUUAAAAAGCAGAAUUCUAACACAAAUUCUAAUGAACAUAGAAACAUGCUGGAUUCUUUCGAGGAUGGAGAGAAACUUGAGGAGACAAAGGAUGAGCCUAAAGACCUUAAUAUCCCAAAGAUUUCUAUCAAGAUAACAUAAAUCCUGAAUUUGAGAUAAUUAAUCGUAUUUAUGAAAAAUCAUAUCAAAAACAAAAAUUGCCAAACAAGAAGAGGGGGGAAUAGACACAAAACCAAAUAUUUCAGGCUGAUUCCUAAGAAUCCCAUGAUGAA